AAAUAUCCCUCAAAGCCACUUCAGCUCCAUCACCUCCAAGUUAUUACAACUCUCCCUGUCUUAAUCACAGAACAAAGAACACGCCUUUAUCAACAAAAAAAAUGGCGAAACAGGAAGGCUCUUCUUUCCUUGUUACGAUUCUCGUAAUUCUCUUUCUCUCAUCUAUAGCAACUGCAGCACAAUAUAAUGUGCUGAAUUAUGGGGCCACACCUGCUGGCAUAACUGACUCAACCGAAGCCUUUCUUGCUGCUUGGACACAAGCUUGUGGAUCAAUUAAUCCUGCCACCGUGUAUGUGCCUACAGGGAGGUUCUUUCUGCGAAAUGUAGUGUUUCAAGGUCCAUGCAAGAAUAAUGCAAUCUUGUUUCGUAUAGAUGGUACCCUUGUUGCUCCUUCAGAUUAUCGAGUAAUUGGUAAUGCCGGAAACUGGCUUUUCUUUCAGUACGUCAAUGGUGUUACUGUUUCUGGUGGAGUUCUUGAUGGACAAGGUCCUGCUUUAUGGGCUUGCAAGGCAUCUGGCAAGGAUUGUCCCAGCGGUGCCACGUCACUGGGGUUUUCCAAUUCAAAUAAUAUAGAAAUCAGUGGAUUAAUUUCACUGAACAGUCAAAUGUUCCACGUUGUCAUCAAUGGCUGCCAAAAUGUGAAAGUGCAAGGUGUGACGGUGUCUGCCUCCGGCCACAGCCCCAACACCGAUGGCAUUCAUGUACAAUUAUCAAGUGGUGUCACAAUUCUCAACUCCAGGAUUAGAACUGGCGACGAUUGCAUCUCAAUAGGUGCUGGUACCACUAACUUGUGGAUUGAAAACGCAGCAUGUGGCCCUGGCCAUGGAAUCAGUAUUGGGAGUUUGGGAAAGGAUCUUCAGGAGCCUGGUGUACAAAAUGUGACAGUUAAAUCUGUUACAUUUACAGGUACUCAGAAUGGAUUGAGAAUUAAGUCUUGGGGGAGACCAAGCAGUGGCUUCGCUAGGAAAAUACUUUUUCAACAUGCUAUCAUGAUUAAUGUCCAGAAUCCCAUUGUCAUCGACCAAAAUUACUGUCCUGACAACAAAAAUUGUCCUGGCCAGGAAUCUGGGGUUAAAAUUAGCGAUGUGACGUAUCAAGAUAUUCAUGGAACAUCAGCAACAGAAAUGGCAGUGAACUUUGAUUGCAGUAACAAGAACCCAUGCACGGGGAUCAAAUUGGAAGAUGUGAAACUAACUUACAAGAAUCAGCCAGCUGAUGCAUCUUGUACCAAUGCAGAUGGAACAGCUUCCGGUUUCGUUCAGCCCUCUAGUUGUUUGUAGACGUACAUUAAAGAACGGUACCGCUACAACCAUUCUUGUAGUAGUAUUGAUACAAUUUCAUGUAGCUCUUCGCCGAGCCAGGUCUACUACUGUGCUUGAGCCUGUGGCAUUUCCAGCGUAUUGGGGUUGCAUGGAGAGCCCGGCCUUCCUGUUACCGUGGAAGUGGAAAUUCUUUGCUAUUAUACUUUCAUUAAUUAUUUAGUAUUAAUAAAAUGCACUUUGAUCCAUUCUU